GAGGCGGCGCGCGCCCCGCGGGGUCCGUGUGAGGGAGGGACGGAGCGAGCGAGCGGCGGAGCGCGGCCCGCGAUGGAGUGAGGGAGGGAGCGCGGCCGCUCCGCCCGCCCGCCGCUCUCCCUCCGCCGCCUCCGCGCUAGCCCGCCCGGUAGGCAAGGAAGGCAGGAGGAGCCCCCCCCGGGGGAGGGGCUGGCGCUGGGUGCAGCCCGGCUGCCGGGCGCGGGGAGUGGAGCGAUGGCGGCGCGGAGAGCCCGGCGGCUCCUCGGCUCCCUGUGCAUCGCCCUUCUCUUCGCGCAGCCCGCACCGACCGGCGCCGCGGCGCGGAGCGGCUCCCGGAGCCUCCUCACCGAAUCUCUUGUGAGAACCUUCACUCCUUUCUACUUCCUGGUGGAGCCCCUGGACGUGCUGUCGGUGCGUGGAGCAUCGGUGAUCAUGAACUGCUCGGCUCAUUGCGAGAGCCCUCCCAGAAUCGAGUGGAAAAAGGAUGGCACUUUCCUCAACUUGGUGUCGGACGACCGCCGUCAGCUGCUGCCAGAUGGAUCUUUAUUAAUUAACAGCGUGGUGCAUUCCAAGCAUAAUAAACCUGAUGAAGGAUAUUAUCAGUGCGUGGCAACUGUGGACAGCCUGGGGACCAUCGUGAGCAGGACAGCAAAGCUCACUGUGGCAGGCCUGCCCAGGUUCACGAGCCAGCCGGAGCCCACGUCCACGUACCGCGGCGGCAGCGCGGUGCUGGGCUGCGAGGUGACGGCGGAGCUGGCACCGCUGCUGCGCUGGGAGCGCGACCGCCAGGCGCUGGCCCCGGAGCGGCGCGUGCUGCAGCUGCCCGGCGGGGCCCUGCUGAUCACCAACGCCUCGGACACCGACGCGGGGCUCUAUCGCUGCGCCCUCGACAGCGGCGGCGCCCCCAAGUACAGCGACGAGGCCGAGCUCAAAGUCCUGCCAGAUGCAGAGGAGCCGCAGAGCCUGGCGCUGCUGAAGCCGCCCUCGUCCCUGACGCGGCUGCCGGGGCAGAGCGCGCUGUUCCCCUGCGUCACCGCGGGGUUCCCACCUCCCCUCGUCAGGUGGACAAGGAACGAGGAAGAGCUUCCCACAGAUGGGUCUGGGCGCUUCCAGCUGCUGGCCGGGGGUACCCUGGAGAUUCGGGACGUGGCCGAGGCCGAUGCCGGGACCUUCACCUGCAUCGCUGAGAGCGGCAAUGAGACCCUGGAGGCCCAGGCAGAGCUGACAGUCCAAGUUCCCCCCACGUUCCUGAAGCGCCCUGCGAACAUCUACGCCCACGAGUCCAUGGACAUCGUGUUUGAGUGCGAGGUGACCGGGAAACCAGCGCCGACCGUCAAAUGGGUCAAAAACGGCGACGUGGUCAUCCCCAGUGACUACUUCAAAAUCGUGAAAGAACAUAACCUGCAAGUUUUGGGGCUGGUGAAGUCUGAUGAAGGAUUCUAUCAAUGCAUUGCAGAAAACGAUGUUGGAAAUGCCCAGGCUGGAGCCCAGCUGAUAAUACUUGACCUUGAUGUUGCCAUCCCAACAUUACCUCCCACUUCACUGACCAGUGCCACUAAUGACCAUCUAGCACCAGCCACAGCGGGACCCCUGCCCUCCGCCCCGCGGGACGUCGUGGCCACCCUCGUGUCCACUCGCUUCAUCCGGCUCACGUGGCGCCCGCCGGCCUCGGACCCGCAGGGAGACAACCUCACCUACUCCAUCUUCUACACCAAGGAGGGCAUCAACAGGGAACGUGUGGAAAACACGAGUCGUCCUGGAGAGACGCAGGUGAUGAUCCAGAACCUGAUGCCAGAGACAGUUUAUGUGUUCCGGGUUGUGGCCCAGAACAGGCACGGCCCUGGUGAGAGCUCGGCACUGCUGAAGGUGGCGACACAGCCCGAGGUCCAGCUGCCCGGCCCCGCUCCCAACAUCCGCGCCUUCUCCGGCUCCCCCACCUCGGUCACCGUCACCUGGGAGACGCCGCUCUCGGGCAAUGGGGACAUCCAGAACUACAAACUCUACUACAUGGAGAAGGGCCAGCACACGGAGCAGGAUGUGGAUGUGGGGGGCCUGUCCCACACGGUCACGGGGCUGAAGAAGUUCACCGAGUACAGCUUCCGCGUGGUCGCCUACAACAAACACGGCCCCGGCGUCUCCACCCACGACGUGGUGGUCCGGACCCUGUCAGACGUCCCCAGUGCUCCACCGCAGAAUCUAACGCUGGAGGUUCGGAAUUCCAAGAGCAUCCUGCUGCAGUGGCAGCCCCCUCCUGCUGGGACCCACAGCGGGCAAAUCACGGGCUACAAAAUCCGCUACCGGAAAGUUUCCCGCAAGAGCGACGUCACCGAGAGCGUGGGGGGCACGCAGCUCUCACAGCUCAUCGAAGGGCUGGAGCGAGGCACCGAGUACAGCUUCCGCGUGGCUGCCAUGACCAUCAACGGCACCGGCCCCGCCACCGACUGGGUGUCAGCCGAGACCUUCGAGAGCGACCUGGACGAGAGCCGUGUGCCCGAGGUGCCCAGCUCCCUGCACGUGCGGCCGCUGGUCACCAGCAUCGUGGUGAGCUGGACCCCGCCCGAGAACCAGGACGUGGUGGUCAGGGGAUACGCCAUCGGCUACGGCAUCGGCAGCCCCCACGCCCAGACCAUCAAGGUGGACUACAAACAGAGAUACUACACCAUUGAGAACCUGGAUCCCAGCUCUCAUUACGUGAUAACCCUGAAAGCCUUCAACAACGUGGGGGAAGGGAUCCCCCUGUACGAGAGCGCAGUGACCCGGCCCCACUCCGACACUUCCGAGGUUGAUUUGUUUGUUAUUAAUGCUCCAUACACUCCAGUGCCAGAUCCGUCUCCCAUGAUGCCCCCGGUGGGAGUUCAGGCUUCCAUCCUGAGCCAUGACACCAUCCGGAUCACUUGGGCAGACAACUCCCUGCCCAAGAACCAGAAGAUCACGGACGCGCGGUUCUACACCGUCCGCUGGAAAACCAACAUCCCUGCCAACACCAAGUACAAGACUGCAAAUGCCACCACCCUGAGCUACCUGGUGACGGGGCUGAAGCCAAACACCCUCUAUGAGUUCUCGGUGAUGGUGACCAAGGGCAGGAGAUCCAGCACCUGGAGCAUGACAGCGCACGGGACAACCUUUGAAUUAGUGCCAACCUCACCCCCCAAGGACGUGACCGUGGUGAGCAAGGAGGGCAAGCCCCGCACCAUCAUCGUCAACUGGCAGCCGCCCUCCGAGGCCAACGGCAAAAUCACAGGGUACAUCAUCUACUACAGCACGGACGUCAACGCCGAGAUCCACGACUGGGUCAUCGAGCCCGUGGUGGGCAACAGGCUCACACACCAGAUCCAGGAGCUCACCCUGGACACUCCCUACUUCUUCAAGAUCCAGGCCCGCAACUCCAAGGGCAUGGGGCCCAUGUCUGAGGCCGUGCAGUUCCGCACCCCCAAAGCUGAGUCCUCAGAUAAAAUGCCCAAUGACCAAGCCUCGGGAUCUGCCGGGAAGGGGAGUCGCCCCAUGGACUUGGGUCCAGACUACAAACCCCCGCUGGGAGGCAGUAACAGUCCCCAUGGCAGUCCCACAUCCCCCCUGGACAGCAACAUGCUGCUGGUGAUCAUCGUGUCCGUGGGCAUCAUCACCAUCGUCAUCGUCGUCAUCGUCGCCGUCUUCUGCACCCGCCGCACCACGUCCCACCAGAAAAAGAAACGAGCUGCCUGCAAAUCCGUGAAUGGCUCCCACAAGUACAAGGGCAACUCCAAAGAUGUCAAACCUCCAGACCUUUGGAUCCAUCACGAGAGGCUGGAGCUGAAACCCAUCGAUAAAUCCCCAGAUCCCAAUCCCAUCAUGACAGACACCCCCAUCCCUCGCAACUCCCAGGACAUCACCCCGGUGGACAACUCCAUGGACAGCAAUAUCCAUCAGAGGCGGAAUUCCUACAGAGGACACGAGUCGGAGGACAGCAUGUCCACGCUGGCGGGAAGGAGGGGCAUGAGGCCCAAGAUGAUGAUGCCUUUUGAUUCUCAGCCACCUCAGCCUGUGAUUAGUGCUCAUCCCAUCCAUUCCCUCGACCCCCCUCACCACCAUUUCCACUCCGGCAGCCUCGCCUCUCCAACCCGCAGCUUCCUGCACCACCAGCUCAGCCCGUGGCCCCUGGGCUCUGCCAUGUCCCAUUCGGACAGGGCCGACUCCACAGGUGAGAGACCGACCCUCAGGGAGGUGGUGCUUUGUGGAAAAGUGAGGGAAACACCUGGAAAUCGGAGCCUGAAGCCGGAGUCGGUCCGGAACACGCCCAGCACGGACACGAUGCCGGCGGCCUCGGCCGUGGCCAGCGCGGAGCUGCCGGAGCCCGAGGGGCCGUUCCUGGCGGCGGAGGAGGAGCCCCAGGGGCCCCCCACGGCCCACGUGCGCCCCUCGCACCCCCUCAAGAGCUUCGCUGUGCCCGCCGUGCCCCCCAGCGGGGGCCCCUUCGACCCUGCCCUGCCCAGCACCCCCCUGCUGACACAGCAAGCUCCCGGGCACCCCGUCCACGCGGUGAAGACGGCGUCCAUCGGCACCUUGGGCAGGACUCGGCCGCCCAUGCCCGUGGUGGUGCCCAGCGCCCCCGAGGUGCAGGAGACCACGCGGAUGCUGGAGGACUCGGAGAGCAGCUACGAGCCAGACGAGCUGACCAAAGAAAUGGCCCACCUGGAAGGACUCAUGAAGGACCUCAAUGCCAUCACCACGGCGUGAGCGGCGCCGCCAGUCUCGGACUCAGCCUUGGAACACAAGGAAUUGUACAGAGGGAAAAAGUAAAGGAAAAAAAAAAAACCAAGAAAAAAGAAAAAAAAACAAAACCCAGAAAGAGGGACAGCACACGAGAGCAAUGGAGGGAGGAGGAGAGGAAGCAGCUGGAGGUGACCCGAGGUCACCCCUUGUCCUGCAGCGGAGCCCCGUGGGAUGAGCCUCGCCUGGGAUCCAGCAGGACAAAAGCAAAGUGGACUCGCCAUUAGUUUUUUUUUCUGGUCAGGUUUUGUCUCAGUGGUGUGAUUGCCCUGCCUUUUCAGUGUUGGACAUUGGCAUUUAUGUACAAUUUUAUUUGUGUUUUUAUUUUAUCUUUUUUUAUAAAAAGGAAAAAAAAAUAUUGUAAUAAAAAAAAAAAAGGGAGAAACUGUUGUUUUCCACAGCUUAGGCUGAAGUUUGACUGCUUGUUCUAUUGUGUAUGAAAAUUCAUUGCCAGUGUGGGUUGUUCUGUUUUGUUUUUUAUUCUGAGUAAAAUUACAUCCCCUUCUGGCAGUUAAUCCAUGGCCUUUUGGGAUGCUGCACUGCUCUUUGUAAGCUUUUUUUAUUAUUUUUAUAUUAUAAUUAUUAAAAGCCUGACUUUCUCCUCUCA